AAAGACCUCUGUACAGCGCAUCGAAGAUAGCGAGAAGUCUCUCAUUUCUAUUUCUUCUCUCUCGUUUAUUCCCUCUCUCUGCAAAGCAGCCUUUGAAACCCUAAAACUCCUCGGAUUGCGAGCUCAGUUUGAGAGCUGGAAAGUCCAAAAUUUGGCCAAUUGAGCUCAGAUUUGUGACUCAGCUUUGCUAAAUUGGGAUUGAUUUGCGUAUUUUCUGUUUGAGUUGGGCGUUUCCUUGGCUUUUCAAUUGAAAACUCUCUACUUUUUUCGGUUUUGGUGGUUUGGUCUCUGGAUCGGUUGGUUUUGGAAUCUGGAAGCUCCAGAGAUGUCCUCUUUGAGCAGAGAAUUGGUAUUUCUCAUACUCCAGUUCCUUGAAGAAGAGAAAUUCAAGGAGUCUGUGCAUAAACUCGAGAAAGAAUCAGGAUUUUUCUUCAACAUGAAGUACUUUGAGGAGAAAGUUCAGGCUGGAGAAUGGGAAGAAGUUGAAAAAUACUUAUCUGGAUUUACCAAGGUUGAUGAUAACAGAUACUCCAUGAAGAUAUUCUUUGAAAUCAGGAAGCAGAAAUAUCUUGAAGCUCUUGAUCAGCAAGACAAGGCUAAGGCUGUUGAAAUCUUAGUAAGUGAUUUAAAAGUAUUCUCAACAUUUAAUGAAGAAUUGUACAAAGAAAUCACUCAACUCUUGACUCUUGGAAAUUUCAGGGAAAAUGAACAGCUAUCCAAGUAUGGUGAUACAAAAACAGCUCGUAGCAUAAUGUUGAUAGAGCUGAAGAAGCUCAUUGAAGCAAAUCCUCUUUUCCGCGAUAAACUUGCCUUUCCUACUCUGAAGUCAUCCCGAUUGAGGACUCUAAUUAAUCAAAGUUUAAACUGGCAGCAUCAGUUAUGCAAGAAUCCGAGGCCAAACCCUGACAUUAAGACUCUAUUCACCGACCAUACAUGUACACCUCCAAAUGGUCCUCUUGCUCCUGCACCUGUCAACCUUCCAGUUGCUGCUGUGGCAAAGCCUUUGAAUUAUACAUCUCUUGGGGCACAUGGUACCUUUCCACCCUCUGCUGCAGCAGCUAAUGCCAGUGCGUUAGCUGGUUGGAUGGCAAAUGCUUCUGCUUCUUCAUCUGUUCAAGCAGCUGUUGUCACUGCAUCAUCCAUUCCUGUUCCACAGAAUCAAGUUUCUGUCUUGAAACGGCCAAGAACACCACCAACAGCUCCGGGUAUGGUUGAUUAUCAAAGUCCUGACCAUGAACAACUAAUGAAACGUUUGCGGCCUGCCCAAACUGUUGAGGAGGUUACAUAUCCAACAUCUCGGCAGCAGGCAUCUUGGUCUUUGGAUGACCUGCCAAGGACAGUAGCUUUAACUCUUCAUCAAGGUUCAGCUGUCACGAGCAUGGAUUUUCAUCCUUCUCACCAUGUAUUGCUUCUUGUUGGUUCUGCUAAUGGUGAGGUUACACUAUGGGAUGUUGGGCUACAGGAGAGGUUGGUUUCAAAGCCCUUCAAGAAUUGGGAAAUGACAGCCUAUUCAUUGCAAUUUCAGGCUUCCUUUGUCAAAGAUACACAAAUUUCUGUCAAUCGUGUUACUUGGAGUCCUGAUGGAAGUCUUGUAGGCGCUGCAUUUAAUAAGCACUUGAUUCACCUGUAUGCUUAUACUGGGUUAAAUGAUCUACGCCAGCAAUUAGAGAUUGAUGCUCAUGUUGGAGGCGUUAAUGACUUGGCUUUUGCUCAUCCAAACAAACAACUGUGUGUGGUAACCUGUGGAGAUGAUAAGCUGAUAAAGGUGUGGGAUUUAGCAGGACGGAAACUGUUUAAUUUUGAAGGUCAUGAGGCUCCUGUCUAUUCUAUAUGUCCUCACCACAAAGAAAAUAUCCAGUUCAUAUUCUCAACUGCUAUUGAUGGAAAAAUAAAGGCUUGGCUAUAUGAUAAUAUAGGAUCUAGAGUUGACUAUGAUGCUCCAGGCCGUUGGUGCACUACAAUGCUUUACAGUGCUGAUGGUAGUAGAUUAUUCUCUUGUGGAACAAGUAAAGAAGGGGAUUCUUUCUUAGUUGAAUGGAAUGAAAGUGAAGGAGCAAUAAAGAGGCAUUAUGUUGGGUUUAGAAAGAAGUCAACGACGGGUGUAGUGCAGUUUGACACCACACAAAACCACUUUUUGGCUGCAGGGGAAGAUAGCCAGAUAAAGUUUUGGGAUAUGGAUAAUGCCAAUAUGCUUACAAGUACAGAUGCAGAUGGUGGACUACCGAGUCUCCCUCGCCUGAGAUUCAACAAAGAGGGAAAUCUACUUGCUGUUACUACUGCAGAUAACGGAUUCAAGAUACUUGCAAAUGCUUCUGGUCUCAGGUCAUUGAGAACCGUAGAAACUCCAGCUUUUGAAGCAUUGAGAUCGCCUAUUGAAUCAGCUGCUAUCAAGGUUUCUGGCACUUCUGGUGUUACAAGUGUCAGUCCAGUCAACUGUAAAGUGGAAAGGAGCUCUCCUGUCAGGCCUUCUCCAAUUCUUAAUGGGGUUGAUACCUUGAAUAGAAGCAUGGAAAAGCCCAGAACUGUGGAUGAUGUAAUUGAUAAAGCAAAGCCGUGGCAGUUGGCUGAAAUUGUGGAUCCUGGUGACUGCCGAAUGGUUACCUUGCCUGACAGCACAGAUUCUUCCAGCAAGGUUGUUCGACUUCUGUAUACAAACUCUGGUGUUGGCAUUUUGGCACUCGGGUCAAAUGGAAUUCAGAAGCUGUGGAAAUGGACACGCAAUGAUCAUAAUGUAACUGGAAAGGCCACUGCCAGUGCCGUUCCACAGCAUUGGCAACCAAACAGUGGUCUUCUUAUGGCUAAUGAUGUCUCAGGUGUUAACCUUGAAGAAGCAGUCCCGUGCAUAGCACUUUCAAAGAAUGACUCAUAUGUAAUGUCAGCUGCUGGAGGAAAGGUUUCACUGUUCAAUAUGAUGACAUUCAGGGUAAUGACAACAUUCAUGUCUCCUCCUCCUGCUUCAACCUUCCUAGCAUUCCAUCCUCAGGAUAAUAACAUCAUAGCCAUUGGAAUGGAGGAUUCAACUAUACAUAUCUACAAUGUUCGAGUGGAUGAGGUGAAAUCAAAAUUGAAAGGUCACCAGAGGAGAAUUACUGGUUUGGCUUUUUCCACCAAUCUCAAUAUCUUGGUUUCUUCAGGUGCUGAUGCUCAACUUUGUGUCUGGAGUGUUGACACAUGGGAGAAAAGGAAAUCAGUUACGAUUCAAAUUCCAGCAGGAAAGGCACCUAAUGGUGACACUUGGGUGCAGUUCCACUCUGAUCAGACCCGCUUGCUGGUGGUACAUGAGACCCAGUUAGCAAUAUAUGAUGCCUCUAAGAUGGAACGUGUCCGGCAGUGGGUACCUCAAGAUGCAUUAUCUGCACCCCUAUCCUAUGCGGCAUUCUCUUGCAACAGCCAAUUAAUUUAUGCUGCAUUUUGUGAUGGUAAUGUUGGGGUAUUUGAUGCUGAUAGCUUGAGACUAAGGUGCCGAAUUGCUUCAUCAGCAUACUUGUCCCAGGCAGUCUUGAAUGGAAGCCAAUCCCUUUACCCUCUUGUUGUUGCUGCACAUCCCCAAGAGGCCAACCAAUUAGCUUUAGGGUUGACAGAUGGGUCUGUUAAAGUGUUGGAACCCACAGAAUCAGAGAGGAAAUGGGGAUCAACUCCUCCAGUGGAUAAUGGGAUGCUAAAUGGCAGGACUACAUCAUCAUCCACAACAAGCAACCACACGCCGGAUCAGUUGCAGAGAUGAAAUUCCUUGUAUUCUACUUAGGUUGCAUCUGUAAUUUACCAACACAGAAUUUAGGUUCCUAGUCCCCGUAUGUUCCUUAUCAAAGGUAACUUAGGACAUUAAUGAUUAAAGUUGCUCAUUCUUGUAUACUAAUGUGUAGUUAGCAGUAGCUAUUUGAUUUUAGCCGCGCCCCCAAACCCCACACCCACCCCCCACCCCCCCCAACAUUCACUGAGUGAUAAGCUCUCUCCAACAGUUACUCUAUUGAUAAUUUGUUUUGCAUUUAAAUAAACUCAAUUGUGAUUGUGAUUCCCUUGUAUUGCAGCAAAA